AUGUGCGACUCCGUGACGCCUAGCCCUCCGUUCUCUCUCCUAAAACACGACGAUGCAUUCCUCGUGGAAGCGAGCUCUACAUCGCGACUGACUGCGACGGAGUCCAAGCCACAGUCCACCAAAGGCACGAUGGGCGGGGACCCAUUGGUGUCGCCCGAGCUCAUGAAGGCCAUGCUUCCAUCGAGGCAAGAGUGGAAGGACGACCGCGGCAAAUGGCAACAGAACGUGUCGCUUGCCCCCAGUAGUCGCGCCGAAGUGUUGGAUCUGCAGGCUGCAUUGGAGUCCAAUUUGGUGACCGAACAAGCCAAGAAAGUCGGCAUCUGCGCGAAUCGAGAGCGCCUUCACGCCCAGUUGUUUGAUGAAAUCAUCCGACAAGUGAUCCUGGCGUGCCCCGAGCGCGGUCGGUCGUUGCUGCGUGUAAGGGACGAAAUCCGCAUGACAAUUGAGGCAUACCAAGCGCUGUACAACACGAGUUUAUCGUUUGGCAUUCGAAAGACGGUGCUGGCGGAAGAAGGGACCCAGGAAGCCGAAGACAAAAUCGCCCAACUGCAAGACGAGAUCCAACGAUUGCAAGAACAAACGCUGCAGUGGUCACAUCGCAGCAUGGUGUUAACCAGCUAUUACGCGAACGAGCGGGACAAGCGCACGACACAACAAAAUAACGUCGUCGCAGCGCUCCAAACUCAGAUCCACCAAUUUGAAGCGUUUCGAGAUUUGACGAAAUAA